AUGUCUGCCGGUCGAGCUGGGUCGGCUCACAACCCGAUCUUUCUGGAAGACACACGACCACCUCAGGAGGCAGUCGCACAUCCAACGAAUAACAAAAAGAAGGCCGCCACCAAACCGGUCCGUGAUUCCAGCGGGCGCUUCAUCAAAUCGGAGACCUCCACGAAGCCGAAGCCAGACCGCAAAAAGGUCAUCAAAGUCGCAGCGCCGCCCAAGCUGAAGAAGCAGGCGCGACCGGAGAAGACGGAGUGCAUCAUCUGCGCUAUCACCAAGAAUACGAAGCGCAACUUCAAGGCUUCUAAUGACGAGGGCACCUGCGAACACUUCGAGAGUGUAUGCGACCUAUGCGUCCAGAAGCAGAUCAAGACCAAGAUUACGGCGCGCCAGCUCACUGAUGCACAUCUCCCCUGCAUGUUCCCAAGUUGUGAUGUAGUGCUUGACCACACGGCGUUGAAGAAGGUCAUGUCAAAGGCCCUCUUCGAGACUUGGGAUACAGCGGUCACCAAGCACCUCCUUGCCGCCGAUCCAUCGUACAUCGCCUGCCUUAAUCCAAAGUGCGACACCUACUUCUCCGCUGAAGACUGUAACAGUAAGCACAAGGCUUCCAGCAGCAAGUCAAAGUCAAAGUCCAAGUCCAAGCAAAAGGAGAAUGUCAAUAAGGCAGCCUGCCCAUACUGCGACCACGAGCUCUGCCUAUCCUGCAACCGCCCAUGGCACUCCGGCUCCUGCAACAGCGCGAAAAGGCUCGAAGACAAGCAGUCAGAGAACACGAUCAAGAAGCUCGGCGCAAAGCCAUGCCCCAAGUGCUAUGUUAACAUCGAGAAGCAGGGCGGUUGCGACCACAUGAACUGCCAACGCUGUCGCCACAACUUCUGCUGGGAGUGUCUCGGUCCGUAUAAUGGCAACAAUAACAACCACGCCGAGACCUGCUCGCACCGCCGUCCCAUGAUCGCGCACGACAUCGGCAACUUCGUCGACGAGAACCUGACCGUCGCCCAGGUCAAUCAGCUCAUCGAGCGGGCGCGUCGAGACCGUGAGGCUGGCCGUGUACCACAGCCGAACUUGCAGCUUGCUCCGGGCGUGCAGCUUGUCAACGGCGCGGCGGUUCUUCCUCCUCCUCCUCCGCCACCGCCAAGACUUCCUCCGCCAUCGAUGCUUCCUGCAGUCGCCGCAGGUGCUCUUCUUCGACAUUUGAACGAGCUGCCUGUUCCACCACCACCGGGUCUGCCUUUCCAUGACAUACCUGGUCUUCUCCAGCGCAUGAACGAGGUGAUGGGAUUCUUCGGCAGGGGAGGUCCGGCACAGUAG